GGGCACCGUGUAUCCUCAUCGAAGCCGCUCCAUAGAGCACACUAGGAGGAGGGAGGGAGACACAGAGCCGGGCCAAACACACCCAGCAUGGCCGGCAGCGGGGAGCGGACAGCAGGGCGGGAGCCCGAGCAGCCCUUGUGGGGGGAGAUGCUAGUGAGGGCGGCGGACAUUGUAACCUGGCAGAGGCCCCUGUACAGCCUGGCCGUCUUCAUCUGCUGCAACUUCCUCUUCUGGUUCCUAGCCUGUGCUCCAUGGAGAAUAUAUCAUAUAGUUUCCCUCAUUUCAAUUGGACUCGUUAUGGUUCAGAUAACCAGACAUUUUUUACUGUCGAGAAGUCGAGGUGCACAAGUGUGGAAAGGUAUUGUUAGAAGGUGGGAGGUGAUCAGCGCUAAUUCAGAAUGCAAACCUCGACUCAGCCAGUGCAUUGCGGAAUCCUGGUCAAGCUACACAAUAUUUCUACAUGAAUUAUCUCAUUAUAAACAGCAAAAUCCAGGCAAGUUUUGCCUUUUGGUCUGCAGUCUAUGUACAUUUCUCAUCCUUUUGGGAAGCUACAUUCCUGGAGUUGUCCUCUCCUACUUCACAUUAUUGUGUGCCUUCUUGUGUCCAUUAUUGAAAUGCAAUGAAAUUGGACAGAAAGCGUGCAGCAAACUGAAGCCAGUUCUGCAGAAAUUGGACUUUGGGUUGCAGUCAUUUCUGAGCCUGUGGAUGAAAGCCAAAUCUAAAAAAGAUACAAAAACGACUACAGCAGAAGACAGUGAAUUGGAGAUUUCUGCAUUGUGCCCUCAGGUGACUCAUAAUAAGGAGCUCAGUCCAGAAGCAGCAGCUAAAGAACUAUCCAUUUCUGGCACAGAACCCUCCGACUUGUCCUGGACAGAGAAUGGGACAUUCAACCUCUCAGAAGGGUACACUCCGCAGACUGAUACAUCAGAUGAUCUUGAUCGACCAAGUGAAGAGGAGGCAUUUUCUAGAGGCCUAACUGAAUUCCCUUCUCCAGAAAAUGGUUCAGGGUCCAAUGAUGAAGACAGUAUAGGCAUACCUUCAACGUUGAAGAGGAAGCAUAAAAAAAGUCAUAAAUCAAGUGCUGAAAAGUGUUCCACGGCAUCGCUGUCCACAUUUCUGGGUAAUGAGCAGCCCUAUAACCUAGUCGCUAGUAUGGCCGGCGAGGCCAUCACCGCUGCUAUCACUGACCAGUUACAGUCUGCCUUGCUCCGCUCACAGCCUCCAGCUGCCAGCUUCACCGAGGAUACUGACAUAGAGGAAGCUGAUGACUUUGAACUUUUGGACCAGUCAGAGCUGGAGGAUAUAGAUGACGAAAUGGGACUUUCAUCAAGCCAAGAAUCAGAGGGCAAGAAGCCAUCUCCAGGAUUUCUCUCCAGUCUGCUUGGGGGUCAUUAACAUUUAACAAUUUCCUUCCCUUAUGUUAUAGACUGUGAGGGAGAACAAUUGAGAAGCCUCACAGAAGGAAUCAAAAGAAGGUAAAAUAAAGAAGCCACAAGAUUACUUAGGAGAAUUGCAAAAGCUUUAAGUAUUGUUCCCCAUAGAAUGUGUUGUCACCUUAGACCCAAAUUAACUAUUGCGAAAACCUCAGCUGAUCCACAGGCUGUAUCCUUACUGCGUCUUGAUUUGUCGCAUGGAGUUGUGUAUGUAUACAUGGCAAGUAUGUGCCAUAGUUCUUAUAUGUUAAAGGGGGAUAAAAAUGCUUUCGUGGCAUUAUAUUUUAAUCUUUUCACCUGUAUAUUACUAGGUUUACAAACAGAUGGCGAGCUCCAUCUAGCCAGAGAUAGUCAUAGGAGACUCUGAUGUUGACUGAUAUACAUAUAUGGAUUUCUCUAGUUACUUGAUGUCAUUUCUCCCUGAACAGCCAUAAAGGAUCAUAUGCAACUAUAUACAGUUGUGCCGAGUGGACUUGUUUGCUUAUCUUUGCACCUUAAUAAAUUAGACAGGUCAUGAGAUCUAUGGUAAGAAAUGUACCAUUCUAGCUUUCACACGGAACAAACAUAAAGCUGAUGUAUGAUUUGACUGCAUAACAGUAUACUGCAUACAGGGUUUCAACAAUUGUUAGGUCACAUAUUCAGCUUAAACAGUCCACAUUAGCUGGUGAUCUAUAAUCAGUUAUUUCAUACUCUUUUGGAAGUUAUUGGGAACCUCUCAGAAGUCUUGGUAUUUCCACAAUAGUUCUUAGCAUCUUACGAUGUGGACAGGUAACACUUUCUUUACAGUUGAAUGCUUCCCAUGAUAGUGGAGGAGUCAAUGAUCCUUGAACACAAUUGAUGAUGUCUACUAGAGGAGCUAAGCAUUACCUUAGGUGGUAAUAUGACAGGGCUACUGUCCAUAGCUAUUGUGGAUAUGCUUGUAUGUUCUCCAUCUGAGCUAUUCACAUCUGUGUUGACUUUUCCAUUAUUCUGUUACAUUUGUGGAACAGAAAAAACGGAUCCAUUAAAUGGAUUGAAUGAUGGUUCUAAACAGAACACCGUCUGUUUCUAUCAACCAUCCAUUGAAAAUAAUUAAAAUAAAAGGGAACACUCCAUUCUGUCACAUGUACAUUAUUUUUGGCAGACAAGUUAAUGCAGAUGUGAACAAGCCCUGACUGCAUAAACGGAAGUACUAAAGACAAUUGUAAUGGUUAUGUGGACAAAAUUAUACUUUGCAAUGGCGGGAAUUUAACACUUGUGCUAGAGAUCCGGCCGGAUGUUCUGGCAGAGAAAAGCCUGGCAGAUCUCUCUGCAUCCCGGCAUUACCAGAAGCUUGAAAUCUACGUCCGGCCCCAAUAACCAUAAUGGGGGUCGGUGGAGAUCCUGCCACAACCUGGCAAAUAUGCUGAGAAUCAAGUGGGUUUUCUUCCGGCGGACUCUCAACAUAUUUGCCUGGUUGCGGCCAGAUCACUGCCAGUCUUCAUUAUAAUUAAUGGUGCCGGACAGCGGCUUUCAAGCUUCCAGCAAUGCCAGCAUGCAUUGUGUGGAACUAGCCUUACUUUCCUAAAAUCACAGCAUCCGAUUACAGGUAAGACCCAAUACAUACUUA